UCCUGAAGCAUAUAGAGAAAGGGGUCUGGCUCCUGGGGUUCAGGGCCGGGUCAUGGAGUUGGUGUUCGGGGCACCUCCUUCCUUCUGAAACGGAUCCGGGUAGGCAGGGCUGACAGGUUGGGUGGCAUAGCCAAGCUGACACUCACCUCCAGCAUAAAACCUCACUUCAUGGAGCCUGUACCUCCGUAGCACUAGGGAGAGCGCCUGCCACCGCUCACCAGAGCUCAACCAACCACCAAGCCAGAGACCAUGAGGCAGCUCCACAUCCCUGGCCUGCUGCUGCUGCUGCUGCCGCCACUACUGCUGACAUCUGGGACUGAAGGGGCCAGGGCUCUGAGAGCCUGUGGGCGCCCAAAGAUGUUCAACCGGAUGGUGGGCGGGGAGGACGCCUUAGAAGGCGAGUGGCCCUGGCAGGUCAGCAUCCAGCGCAACGGGGUCCACUUCUGUGGGGGCAGUCUCAUCGCAUCAACGUGGGUCCUCACUGCUGCACACUGCUUCUCCAACACUUCAGACAUAUCCAUAUACCAAGUCCUGCUGGGGGCACUGCAGCUGCAGCAGCCAGGACCACACGCCCUGUAUGUCCCUGUGAAGAGGGUAAAAAGCAAUCCCGAGUACCGAGGCAUGGCCUCCAGUGCCGACGUGGCUCUUGUGGAGCUGCAGGUGCCUGUGACCUUCACCAAGUACAUCCUUCCUGUGUGUGUGCCUGACCCCUCCAUCAUCUUUGAGUCAGGCAUGAACUGCUGGGUCACUGGCUGGGGCAGCCCCAGUGAACAAGACCGACUACCCAACCCACGGAUCCUGCAGAAACUGGCUGUGCCUAUCAUUGACACGCCCAAGUGCAACUUGCUGUACAGCAAAGAUGCUGAGUCUGACAUCCAGCUCAAAACCAUCAAGGAUGACAUGCUCUGUGCAGGCUUUGCAGAGGGCAAGAAGGAUGCCUGUAAGGGUGACUCUGGAGGCCCGCUGGUGUGCCUUGUGGGCCAGUCAUGGGUGCAGGCUGGAGUGAUCAGCUGGGGAGAGGGCUGUGCCCGCCGGAACCGCCCUGGUGUCUACAUCCGUGUCACUUCCCAUUACAAAUGGAUCCACCAAAUCAUCCCAGAACUGCAGUUCCAGGGGAGGGCCAGCAGCCAGCAGCAGCAAAGAGACCCCCGUGGUUGGCAGCGCCUGGUGGGGAACUCUGCCCCCUGCCUGGCUGCCCAUGCAGUCAUACUGGUCCUGGCAGCACUGCUCACUGUCACCUGAGCCUGCCCAGCUCACAGGUGGAACUGCACCCACUGUACAUUUGUAAAUAGCUGUCCUUGCACCUUAACUGCUAGUUACCUUGACUUAUGUUCAGUCAGGAAAAAGCGUCAUGACCCAUGGCGAGGGUU